GGCUGCAGAGCCCAGAUAUAAAUGCUUGAGCCCAGGUGGAAGUCAGCCUGCCCAACGAAGAGCUACACCCUGGCCAGCUGGUGUUUGCCACCCAGGAGUCCCCAGGAGUUCAGGGACGGCAAGGAAAUGGCCACUGGAGUGAUCCAGCCACUCUGUGACUUCCGGCUGUCCCUGCAGUCCCAUCAGCCCUUCCUGCCCUCUGAACCAGAGCCUCCAGAAACUUCUGAGGAGGAGGAAGAGGAAGAAUCAGAGCGGGAGCUGGAGGCUGAAGGGCCAAGCGGUUGCAGCCAGGAUCCCCAGAGCCCAGAAGUGCCCCCUGAGGGCCCUGACAGCCCCGAGACCCCCCUGCAGCUGCUCCGCUUUUCACAGCUCAUCAGUGGUGACAUCCAGCGGUACUUUGGCCCUAAGGACAAGGGGCAGGACCCUGACUCCUGUGAUAUCUAUGCUGACAGCUGCUCAGCCAGCUGCUCUGCCCGGGAGCUAUACUACGCUGACCUGGUGCGCCUGGCCCAGGGUGGGCCCUCAGAGGACAAGGAAGCCACUGAGUCUGGGGUCUGCUCAUCUUGGGGGCCGGAGAGGCCAGCAUGCAGGUCUGCAGAUGGGGUGCCACCGCUGGGACUCCUGGAUGAGCUCUUUGACUAUGGGCUACAGCAGUUUGCAGGGCCUAGCAUAUCUGCUGGUCUCAGGCUGAGACUGGAGCAGAAAUACGGCCACAUCACACCUAUGACCCAGAGGAAGCUACCCCCGUCCUUCUGGAAGGAGCCAGCACCCAGUGCCCUGGGCUUGCUCCACCCAGGUACACCAGACUUCAGCGACCUGCUGGCCAGCUGGUCAGCUGAGGUUGGCCCUGAGCUGCAGGGUGGAGGGACCCAGCUUCUGGAGGGGGCACAGCUAGCUGAGGCCUAGAAAAUGGGCAAGGGUCAGGAGAGCA